GAUCCAUCACCUGGAUGCAACAUUCCCCUUCAUCUCCACGUAUAAAGUCCUCAAACUGGGCUCACUGUCAUCCGUUUGCCUUUGUUAGUUACUGUAGCCCCAGCCUGCAGUCCCAGGUCCUGUCCCAGUACCAACCAUGGCCAUGCUGAGAGUGUCGUCCUACCGCCGGCAGUUUGAGGAGCAGUGGAGUCAGAGUGGACGGUCCAACGGAGGCUGUGGAGGGCAGUACCGCGCCUCAGCGGUCAAGGCCAGGUCAGUGUGUGGUUUCUUGGUAGCCCCCUCACCUCUACUUGGCUUAGAGGGCCUGGGUCCUGUUCAGUAGGGGGGAAAGCAUUUUGAAACUGAGUGAAAUGUGGAGGUACUACCUAAACCUAAAGAUUUUUGUUUUCUGUUGCAAAAUGUUUUGCUACGGUAAGCCCUAUCAAACAUGACUCCGUAUGCAUAUGGACCACAGGAGAUGGGCUUUAUGGAGAACACCAUGUGCACUGAGGAUGGUUUACUACAGUGUUUCACAAAAACAUUUGUACCAGAGGCUGGCUAGCUAGUGUCCUCUCUUCUUGGACUGCUUAGAUUAAAAGUAGAAUGUGUCAGACAACUCUGAGGGACCAGGCAGCAACAUCCCAGGGACCAGAUGUUUGUUUCCUUUCACUCCUUAAGUAUUUCUGAAUGUUUCUUUAAUUUAAUCACAAGCAAAUGUGUGGUAGCUUUGCAUGGUCUUCAUAUGCAGUAUCGAAUGUCACCCAGUUGGCUAUUGUGUGUUCAGUGUUCGUUCCGCCUUGUCUGUCCCAAGGGAAAAGUUUGAAGGGCGUUGACAAAUACCUUUUGUACUUGCAUCAGAUAAUGACAUCAUAUUCCCCUCGGCUGUGUUAAUUUACACUGAUCUGAUUUGGGAGGGCAAGCAAUGCUAUGCAUUAAAAACCUUUUAGGGAUUGCGAUCUUUGAUUUUCUAUGUACAUGCACAAAACUGACACUGAUACUUUUGUGAAAUGUAUUGUGCUAGUGUGUCUGUGUGUCUCUCCUGGGCUUUAUACAAACGCAGGCCUCUCCUAAGCUGUCAGUUUCCCACAGGGGUGCGGCUGCUGAGGAGUGUACAUGUGACCAGCUGGACUUUGUGGCUGCCAAGGCGCGCAAUAAGGAGAGUCUGGUCCGAUUUGCUAAAGACCGCAGCAUCAUUGCCGCCCUCAAUGAUCGCUUUGUCGCCCUCAUCAACAUGGUGAGCCCGGGAUGGUUUCAACCCUAGAAACAGUAUCCUAAGGUUCUAGAAGUGCUAUAGUAACUUGACACUUAAGGGUCACAAUAAACACAAACUUGAGCACUGUGCUCGAUUGAGAUUGACCAACAAACACAGUAGAACCAAAGGGAUAGUCCCAGAAGUUCAAAGGUGUUUCUUAUGUAUUUGACCCAAGUCUAUUCUACACAGAUGAAUGCAGCCCAAAAAUAUUCUGGUAACCUUCCCCAAAUUCACAAAUUUUCCAGAAAUCACAUUUGGAAUAUUCCCACAAUCAGGAGGGAAAAUUACCAGAAUUGUGCAACCCUUAACGUUCAUGUACAUUCCUAUUCCAUUGUACAUGCUGUGUGCGCCUUCUAGGCACGCUGCUUUGAGGAGGACAAUGAGUCUCUGGAGGCACAGAUCUGUGAGCUGGAGGAGAGGAUGGCCGGCCAACAGACCACCUCCACUGUCGUAGCUGUCCCUGAAUAUAGCCUGGACGCCGUGGUGGAGAGACUGCGCAAGGAGAGGGUACAUAUUAACAAUACAGCAGAGUGGAGGCAUUCAUGUCACACACAUGCUAGGAGAAAAGGAACCUGUUGUCUAAAAGGUGGUUGGUUCCCAUGACAGAGAAGUAGUGAGAAUGUGUGUGCGAACGAAUGUGUGUGUGUAUGUAUCAGUGUGAGCGUCUGUAUGUACAGCCACUGUGUAGAUCAGGGUUCUUCAAUUCUGUUUUUUAUUUCUACCUGGUAGUUAAUUGCACUCGCCUGGUGUCCCAGGUCUGAAUUAGCCCCUGAUUAGAAGGAGAGGAUGAAAAACAGAGGUGUUUCGGCCCUCCAGGACCGGAAUUGAAGAACCCUGGUGUAGAUGGAUGGAUAGCCAUUGUCACAGACCAUUACCUUUACUUACCAGUGCCAGACUGAUAAGCCACUGUGUGUGUCCAGGACCAGAGCCUGUUUGAUGUGGAGGAGCUGAGGAGAGAGCUGGAGUGUCUGCAGGAGCAGUAUGAGGAGACCGUUCAGCAGAGGACCCUCAUCCAACUGGAGCAGGAAGACGUUGGCCUGGUAUUGACCUCACUUCCUGUGCUUCUGGUGGCCAUUUUGUGGUUAUUGUUUAGUAAUUGUGUUGAAUUGGUGUCUUCGUUGGUAAUUUAUUCUCUAACAAUAAGUCGACUUUUCAUGUGUGCUACUGUCAAUAUUGAACAUCUAUAUAGACAUAGAUCUAACUUGUGGUAGCUUAACUUUUAUACCCAAUUUUCACCUGCAAUGAAGUUUGAUCAUUCCUCAAAAUGAAAGAUUGCAAAUAGGCAAGGAAGGGUGGAAAGAAGCAUGAAUUAUCUAAAUAUUCAAAGAAGGCCAAUAUCUCUUUAGGAGCACUAAUGAAAGUGUACUAAUCUAUAAUAACCACUAGAUGGUACUAUUGCCAUGUUUGCCAACACUUUAAUUCUCUCCUAUUCAAAAAACCCAAUUUCAUAAACUGUGUGGCUCAGCAUAGCCCUGCUGCUCCUCUGUAUCUCUACCCACAGGGUGUAGAUUAAUUAUCAGUCCUACAGUCUGGGCCGGUGGACACAACACAACCAGAAAACCCCAGUCCUAACAAACACUACUAUCUCAUUCCCUCCCUCCCUGCCUGCCACACCACACAUGUCGACGCCGUCACAGACCAUCUCCCCACUGCCAGCCCAGAUGUUGGAGAAGCUGUUUACAUGUCUCCUUAUUGAGUCAUUCAGUUUUACAUUUCUCCCAUACAGAUGUAAUACAGACUGUAAUGUAGUUGGUGCAGUAAUGCUUCUGGCUGGCUUGAGUGCUGGCUGGCUGGCUUGCUGGCUGGCUGGCUCAGCUUCUGGCACCGAUUGGAAAGCAGCUGGAGUGUGGAGCAAGACUAGAGUCUGUGGGAAACAAACAAACUGAAACAGGCAGGGAGAGGAGAGGAGUGAUUGAAUGUGAUUGUGAAGCAGUGUUGGAAGCAGCUCCACGAGAGGAGGCUGCGGUCCUUCUCAGCAGGCAAGCAGAUGGAUAUUGGAAGAGGCUUAAAACAAGACAUGGCUGGGUAUUUAAAGUCCAGCCUUGCCAUUAGCUAUUGAUUAAGCCUGUUUGUAUUUUCUGCUAAAGCUGCCCACAUCUUGGACAACCUCCAUGGUCUGUCUGUCUGUCUGUCUGCCAGCCAAUUCUCUGAGUUUUCUAUUGAGCUUUUAUCUGGGGCUGAGGCUUAUAGUGUUUAAAAGGUUCAGCAGGCUCCCACCAAGGCUUCCCACAGUGGAAGAAGGCUGGAGGAGCUAGCUGGUUCUCAUCCAAAUCCAAAGCAGAAGACGGUGCUAUAAAGCACAGCUAGCCUGACGCGAUGGAUGGGGGAAGAAGAGAAGGGUGAUCUAGGGGGGAUUUAUUUAGUCUUUACAGUCCAUAGACUGCGAGUGCAAGACUCUCCAACUUACGGCCUUGUGUUUACCCAGAGAUAACAGCAACAGACUGCCUGCCUUACGUGCGACGUCCAUCAGGGACCCAUGUGUUCCAGCAGCCACAGCAGAAAGUUCCACCCCUGGACCCUACCCGUUUUGCAUUCAGAUGCAAAUGCUAGCACCAGGAGUAAUUGAAUUCAUCAUCAAUUCAUCAGGCACUUAAAAAGGGCUGGAUGAGCUUAAAAAUCCUGGUGCUGAAUGGAACGAGGACCAAAGCAUUUUUAGCUAAUUAGCCCCUCUUCCUCUGCAUUGAGGUGUCUAGCUACCUGCUGGUUGAGGAAAUUGUGUGUUUCAUGGUACUUCUGUGCUGAAUUUCAAAUGGACCCCUAGCCCCUACCCCCUCCCUACCCCCGACCACCCUUAGCUCCUACCCCUUACCCUCCUCUCUACCCCUGACCACCCCUAGCCCUUACCCUCCUCCCUACCCCCGACCACCAUUAGCCCCUACCCCUUACCCUCCUCCCUACCCCCGACCACCCCUACCCCUUCCCUACACCUUACCCCCUAGGCACUCAUGUGCACUGAACAAAAAUAUAAACGCAACAUGUAAAGUGUUGGUCCCAUGUUUCACGAGCUGAAAUAAAAGAUCCCUGAAAUUUUCCAUAUGCACAAAAACCUUAUUUCUUUCAAAUUUUGUGCACAAAGUUGUUUACAUCCCUGUUGGUGAGCAUUUCUCCUUUGCCAAUAUAAUCCAUCCACCUGACAGGUGUGGCAUAUUAAGAAGCUGAUUAAACAGCAUGAUCAUUACACAGGUGCACCUUGUGCUGGGGACAAUAAAAGGCCACUCUAAAAUGUGCAGUUUUGUCACACAACACAAUGCCACAGAUGUCUCAAGUUUUGAGAGAGCGUGCAAUUGGCAUGCUGACUGCAGGAAUGUUCACCAGAGCUAUUGCCAGAGAAUUGAAUAUUCAUUUCUCUACCAUAAGCCAUUUCCAACGUCAUUUUAGAGAAUUUGGUAGUACGUCCAACCGGCCUCACAACCGCAGACCACACGUAACCACACCAGCCCAGGACCUCCCCAUCCGGCUUCUUCACCCGCGUGAUCGUCUGUGACCAACCACCCGGACAGCUCAUGAAAAUGUGGGUUUGCACAACCAAAGAAUUUCUGCGCAAACUGUCAGAAACCAUCUCAGGGAAGCUCAUCUGCAUGCUCGUCAUCCUUACAAGGGUCUUGACCUGACUGCAGUUCGCCGUCGUAACCGUGGGCAAAUGCUCACCUUCGAUGGCCACUGGCACGCUGGAUAAGUGUGCUCUUCACGGAUGAAUCCCAGUUUCAACUGUACCGGGCAGACGGUGUGUAUGGCGUCGUGUGGGCGAGCGGUUUGCUGAUGUCAACGUUGUGAACCAAGUGCCCCAUGAUGUCGGAGGGGUUAUGGAAUGGGCAAGAUCCUGAGGCCCAUUGUCGUGCCAUUCAUCCUCCGCCAUCACCGCAUGUUUCAGCAUGAUAAUGCACAGCCCCAUGUCGUAAGGAUCUGUACACAAUUCCUGGACGUUGAAAAUGUCCCAGUUCAUCCAUGGCUUGCAUACUCACCAGACAUGUCACCCAUUGAGCAUGUUUGGGAUGCUCUGGAUCAACGUGGAUGACAGUAUAUUCCAGUUCCCGCCAAUAUCCAGCAAAUUCCCACAGCCAUUGAUGAGGAGUGGGACAAUAUUCCACAGGCAACAAUCAACAGCCUGAUCAACUCUAUGCAAAGGAGAUGUGUCGUGCUGCAUGAGGCAAAUGAUGGUCACGCCAGAUACUGACUGGUUUUCUGAUCCACGCCCAUACCUUUUUUUGGGGGGUAUCUGUGACCAACAGAUACAUAUCUGUAUUCCAGUCAUGUGAAAUCCAUAGAUUAGGGCUUAAUGAAUUUAUUGCAAUUGACAGAUUUCCUUAUAUGAACUGUAACUCAGGAAAAUCUUUGAAAUUGUUGCAUUUUAUAUUUUUGUUCAGUGCAGAUAUUAAAGGAUUGGAUUGGUGUAAGCCAGUGUUUCCCAAUUCUGGUUUUGGGGACACAAAGGGGUACACAUUUAAGUUUUUGCACUAACACACCUGAUUCAACUAAAGGCUUGAUGCCGAGUUGAUUAGUUAAAUCAAGUGUCUUAGUGCUAGGGCAAAAACAAACAUGUGCACCCGUUUGGGCCCCCAGGACCAGGAUUAUUGUGAAAAUGACAUGUAGCCUAUCAGAAGACAAGCUGGAGCUUUCAACAUACGAGUGCUCUUGUUUUCUAUUGACCUGGCUGUCUGCUGCCCCUUUGUAGGAAGUGGAUGUAGUGACCGCAGACUGUCUGGCCCUGAGGGAGCAGGUGAAAAUCUAUGAGGAACAACUAGCUCACAUAGAGGCACAGCAUGAGACGGUAAGAGAGAAGGGACAUAUCCGAGAUAUGACUGGCUGGAUGGCAAACAUUGAUUAUCCCACAGUAUUAGUACACAAAUGAGGAACAGUUUACUACUCAAUGACUCUCUGGGUCAUUACUUACAAUUGUGACUGGGUUUGAACCCAGAUUUCAUGCAUGCCAACAGACUGUUAGCCCACUGAGCUAAAGCCUAGGCAUUAGCUCAGGGAGCUAACGCGAGUCUUCCGAUCUCAGGCAAGGUUUGCCGAACCACCUCCUUUACAGAAGCAGCAAGCCUUUCUGUUUAGCCAAAGCCACUCAAACUCUAGACAGAGGACAAGUGUUGGAGAGAUUCCCAUUAGGGGUUGCCGGGGGCAACACGGUUCAGAUGACCCCGGCCACCUUGUUGACCAGGUUUUACCAAGAACAGUAAUUUUUACCAGGAACAAUUGUGGAACUGAGGCAGGAUUAGAGCACAACAAGGCAGGGUGGAGCCAGAAUAAGCCUUGCCAAGGAUAGAUCACACAAGUGAUAUAACCAGUUAUUAUAGGCAAUUUCCAACAUGUGAAGUUCAUAGGAGCAUAUCAGGUAAUGGCUUUGAUUUCUGUUCAAACAGAUGGAAAAGGGGUCUUAGAAAACAUCUACCAAAAAAAGGGUAUUAGAAAUGCAUCAAAACACAAGUUGAAGUAAAGACCUCUGCCAACUAAUAUCAAUAUCAACACAACAUUGCCUUGUGCCUUGUAAUUCCAUUACCAAAAACCCACAUAUCUUUAAAGGCCCAGUGCAGUCAAAAACUUGAUUUUCCUGUGUUUUAUAUAUAUUUCCACACAAAAUUUUAAAACAAAAUUUGAUUUAUUUUCACAAACAACCGGAUAGGUGCAGUGAAAUGUAUUGUUUGAGGUUGGAAUAAUACUGUGAAAUUGUGAAAAUGAUGAUAAUGCCCUUUUAGUGUUUGAAAAGAUAUCCUGAAAUUUCAGCCUGUUUUGGUGGGAUGGAGUUUUGGCCUGCCUGGUGACAUCACCAGGUGGUUAAUUAGUUAGUUUUUUUUUUUUUUACCCUUAAUUUACCAGGUAAGUUGACUGAGAACACAUUCUCAUUUACAGCACGACCUGGGGAAUAGUUACAGGGAGAGGAGGGGGGAUGAAUAAGCCAAUUGGAAGCUGGGGAUGAUUAGGUGGCCAUGAUGGUAUGAGGGCCAGAUUGAGAAUUUAGCCAGGACACUGGGGUUAACACCCCUACUCUUAUGAUAAAUGCCAUGGGAUCUUUAGUGACCACAGAGUCAGGGCACCCGUUUAACGUCCCGUCCGAAAGACUGCACCCUACACAGGGCAAUGUCCCCAAUCACUGCCCUGGGGCAUUGGGGUAUAAAAAAUAAAAUAAAAUUGACCUGCUGGCCCUCCAACACCACUUCCAGCAGAAUCUGGUCUCCCAUCCAGGGACCGACCAGGACCAACCCUGCUUAGCUUCAGAGGCAAGCCAGCAGUGGGAAGAAAUGUAAAUGUAAAAAGAAAGAGUUCCAAACCUCUCUGAAGAUAACAGCUAGUUUUCAGUUUUCCCCUCCCCACUCAGACCACUCCCAGAUAGUCCUAUCAAAAUUAUUGCUUGAUUUCAACUUCCACAGAUGUAGAUUUUUGGCUAAACACAGACGUCCAUGAUUGGGGUGGCUGUACCAAAUCUGAACCAAUCAUAGACAGUACAGUACAGCAGGGGUUCACUCUGGGCCCCCCUUCCAGCAUUGGGUAACAUCCCGCGCCCCACAUCUAUUUCUAUGUGCACAAGCACUGUUCAUGACACAAGUUGUUCACACCUCUCUUGUUGGUGGAGAGAAUUUUGCGGGUUUAAAGCUUAGUUCCUGCAAUUCUACACAUUUUGUCAUGUGGCGCGAAUAACAUUUUGCAGUGUUAAAGCUCAUUUUCUUGCAAUUCUAUACAUUUUGCCAUGUCUAAUGUGUAUUCAUGUGAUAUUUGAGUGACUAAAAAAUUACAACUAAAUCUAUGGGCUAAAAAACCGAAAUAAAAUAACGUUAGCUGGUCUGGGCUAGUUGAUCUGGACAUUUCUGACAAGUUAUAAAUAGGUAUGCAAUGAUAUUUAGGUAUGCACAACCCACAGUUUGGGAACCACUGCAGUACAGUGACGCACAGUAGAGUUCAGUACAGUAAAGAAAAGUAGAGUAUAGUUCAGUACAGUAGAGCAAACUAGCGUAGAGUAUGCUGAACUGUACUGUACUGAACUCUACUGUGGUGUACUGUGAUGUCCAAACUUUUGAAAUAUAGACAUCUAUAAUUGGUUCAGAUUUGGUCCAGUCCGGACCAACCAAAUUUGGUCUUGUUUGAGGUCGGAGCUCAUUAGAAUAAUAGCCAGUGUGUAGAAUUAUGCCCAUAUAGGCUAAGGAUAUUGCAUAUUCAGGAUACAUCAACAUGAAGAUAAUGACAUCCAUAUUCAGAAUUAUGCAUUUCUGUGUAGUACAGAUCAGGGUCCCAUGAUGUUAUCUGUUACCGUAAUUCUGUAAUGUCUCUAGCUGACACCCUAUUCUUUCUGCAGACAUCUUUGAAUCUUUAUUCGGAGCAGAUAUUUAAGAGUUUUUGGUAAAUGUGGUUGUAUAAAAUGGUGGUCGAGAUUUUACUGUAAAUCUGUUACCAAACUUUGCAUUUGCACAGUUCUUUCAGUAAAAUGUUUUGUGUAAAUUGUUCAAAGUAGUCCUAGUACAUAGAGUUGUAUGGUUUGUUAAACUUUGAAAUCAAUGGCAUACAUUUUAAAGUCUCAGAGUAAUCUCAUGAUUUAAUAAUUCACACACAUUUGCAAAAUAAACACACACACACACACACACCGCUCCUCCCCGUUCCCCUUCUCACCAGCAGCUGACAGACCCAUCCUAGUAUCAGAUCCUGGGAGAGGAACACAGAGGCGGAGAGAGAGAGGGAGAGAGGCGGAGAGAGAGAGGGAGAGAGGCGGAGAGAGAGGGAGAGAGGCGGAGAGAGAGGGAGAGAGGCGGAGAGAGAGGGAGAGAGGCGGAGAGAGAGGGAGAGAGGCGGAGAGAGAGGGAGAGAGGCAGAGGGAGAGAGGCAGAUGGGGGAGGGGAGAGAGAGAGGAAUAGAAGGUAAGAGAGGCAGAGGAAGAAGGAGAAUUAGAGAGGGAGAGAGGGAGAGACAAGAAACUGGGAGCAGUGAGUGAGAGAGGGUGAAGGCGAGGCAGUUCCAUCACUGUUUUUUCUCCUCUGUGUAGCCCGGCCACUCGGCAGCCCGGCUACGUUUAACACACUCCCUCAGGGACAUGCUCGGUAACUCCCUGCACUGAAUAACUCACAGCACCGGCUCAAUACCAAAUGAAAACAGAAGUCCCCCUUUGUUUUAUUAACUGCUAUUAUUAUCAGGCAUUUCCAAACACCUAUUCCCCUGAUGAAUCAGCCUCCAUAUCGUUACUCAUGUCGAGGAAAAAUUAGAUGAGGGUCAGGCUGCUUGGGUAUUUCUCCAACACUUCAUUCUGCUAUGAUGGAUGCAUGGAGGUUAAUGAUGGAGUUUUAGGUAUUGCGACCUGAAGACGUACAUGGCGGGGCUUAAUGUUGUGUAUGUGUACACACACACACAAACCCACACACACACACCACACUUACUUACUUACUUAAUGGUGUGUGUGUCUGCAGACGGUUCAGAACAUGGUGGCCCCUGUAGAGGGUCCAGCUGCAGCAGGGAGAGAAGUCCUUGAGUUCUGCAACCCUAACAUCACCUCAGCCAUCAUGGAUAUCAAGGAGUACUACAGCCAGCUGGCUGAGACCAUCCAGGUACGGAGUAUGGAGCAUACACACACAAUGUGCAUGGCACAAACACAGAACACACACACCCUUCAACGUAUCUCCUGACAGCCCCCCCCCCCCGCCCCGCCCCCACUCCUACUCACCGGCUACACAGCUCUCCCCCACUCCCCCUUUCAUCCCCAAACCGUCUGGCUAAAUCGGAGCCUUCUCACGUCGCAGAGGGACCGCUUGUUUUCUUUUCCUCUUGGCAUAACACUGGAGGCGAACCUGAGAAUCAGAGGUGCUGCCCUACACCAGUACAGACCCACUUUGUCCCUCUGUGUCGGUGUGUCUAUGUUGGUGUGUUUCAGAAAGAGAGUUUGUGUGUGUGUGUGUGUGUGUGUGUGUGUGUGUUACAAGCUAGAGGUGCUCUGCUGGGGUCAACCUUGCUCUCUGGUGGGUCUGACCCUCCUUGUGUGUAUGUGAGAAGGCUUUGGGCUAAAUUUACAGCCAGGUUACCAAUGAUUCAAGUCAAUAUUUGACAUCCAUCCAUGUCUGAGGACGUCAGAAGAUGAUGUGGAAACCGGCCACUAGGGGCAACAGUGAGCGCUGUUAACGUCAAGUAGGUUUGGGUUUUGCUAGGCCGUUGUGGACGAGGAUGGUGGAUGGGCGUAAGCAUCUACCUCUGAUUCCAAAGGUGGCAAGUUUGAAUCCAGCGAUAGAAAGUAGUUUUUUAGAUGUUUGUUUUAAGCCUAUCCUAACCCUUACCUUAACCAUUUGGAGUUAAAACCUUAAGAUUUCGGAGUUAAUGCCUAAACUUAACCUUAAACACUUUGAAAUUUGACGUUUGCAACAACUUUGACAUUUGAUGUUUGCAAAAUAUCGAAUUCUGAUGUGAGAACUAGUUGAAAUUUACCACAGUUCUUAUUCUCUCUAACCCAGACACUUUCACUCUCCCUCCCCUCCUCCUCCUUCCCUUGUUCAUUGCCAGCUGGACAGCUUGCGGUCUGGGCCUGGCCUCCAUUAGUGUCUCACAAGGUGCAAUUGUCUCCAUCCCCAAAUGAUUGCCAUUGGGAUUGAAGUGUGAUUGUGAUUGCUGGCUGACUCUGGCACACCUGUGUGCCCACGUUGCCACUCAUUUGCUGUCUAAUUUGUUCCCGUUCAUCAGGACUGUGUCCCAAAUGGCACCCCAUUCCCUUUAUGGGGGAAAGGGUAACACUUUAUCGGAAGGGUAUCUACAUAAGGACUUCAUUGCACAUUAAUAACCCAUGCAUACUGCAUUUCUAAACGACAACUGUAAGACAACUGAAAUAUCAACUUGUGGUUAUUGUACUGCUUAUGAAUGUGUACAGCCUAAAAUGAUUUGCCCCCCUCCCCCUGGAAAGUAAUUUAGGGGAAACACUAUCAUGUAGUGUCAUGCAGUAAAUUGAUGGUAGUAACUAUGUUAUGUUUCCAGUGCGAGUGCAGGGAAACUGGUGCGGUUGUUGCUGGUGCUGUUGUCGCCAUUGGAGCUGGAAAGGAGCUGGCGGUGGCCAGAGCUGCGGGGGUCACAGGCGUUGGCCAAAUAACGGACGUCAACGAACUGAAGAAACUGGUGAGUAACCCCUAUCUCUCUCUCUGGCAUUCACCUACUUUUUUAGACAAUCACUACCUGCUGAUUUUACUCUCUUUCUCUCUCAAGUUUCUUUCUCUCCGGUAAACUUUCCUUCCAGUAAAUUCACAGUUCUCAGACAUCUUCUUGGAAAAGGGAAAAGGGAAAAGCCUACCAUGAGUUCAGCAUCAACAUCAGCCACGAAAUCAAGAGGAAUUGUAGAAAAUGAAUGGCUUCUUCCCACAGACAGGCAGUUCACUCCUUAGGAGUUCUCCAUGAGUGACAUCUCUCUCUCUCUACCUCUCUUCUUCAUCAUCAACUUCUUAAAACUUCACACAUUCCUCCUCUGUGUCUCCAGAGACUCCAAUCCCAAACUGAACAAUGGAAAUAGACCCUCAUCUAUCAUCCAUCCCCUUCUCAUAGAGAAAAAGAACGCACAACAGAGAGGCUUUAUUGAGAAAAUGGUAGAAUGUCUCGAACCACCCCAAAACUCAAUGAUUCACUCAAGUUUACAGUAUUCAAGGAAAUGCUGGAAUUUCCCAUUGCAGUCCAUCGUUCAAGAAUCAACCCUCCUCAAAACACAUAAUAGAAUCAGUCAAUGGCUUAAAUGGACAGUAACUUACUUAACUGCUCGCUCCACCGUAAUCAUCAGUUGUCAGACCGCAGCCGACACCUCCCCAUUUCCAUAACAAACAUGGCGGUUUGGUUCCCAUUACUGCGGUUGUGGUCCUAGCCCCAGCUCUUUAAAUAAACAGGCCCCCUCUGUAACCGCAGUCGCACUCUCAUAACACUGUCUCCUCUUCCCUUAAUGUGCAGCACGCAAGCCCUCGCUCUGCCCAGCCUGGGCCUAGUCUGAUGGACAGGUCCCUGCCUUUCUCCCUCUCACCGGCCGUGAUGGAUGUCCCAGUUCUGGUUUCUCACUGAGACACAACUUGGCCAAACAACAAACAACCUUGCGGUGAAAUCAGGCUCAGCUUAGAGAUGUGUAUAAUGGGGAUGACACACACCCCUGCCCACACAUGCAGGGCAUGUGGCCAGGGCUCACUUAUACAGUGGGGAAAAAAAGUAUUUAGUCAGCCACCAAUUGUGCAAGUUCUCCCACUUAAAAAGAUGAGAGAGGCCUGUAAUUUUCAUCAUAGGUACACGUCAACUAUGACAGACAAAAUGAGAAAAAACAAUCCAGAAAAUCACAUUGUAGGAUUUUUUAUGAAUUUAUUUGCAAAUUAUGGUGGAAAAUAAGUAUUUGUUCAAUAACAAAAGUUUCUCGAUACUUUGUUAUAUACCCUUUGUUGGCAAUGACACAGGUCAAACGUUUUCUGUAAGUCUUCACAAGGUUUUCACACACUGUUGCUGGUAUUUUGGCCCAUUCCUCCAUGCAGAUCUCCUCUAGAGCAGUGAUGUAUUGGGGCUGUCGCUGGGCAACACGGACUUUCAACUCCCUCCAAAGAUUUUCUAUGGGGUUGAGAUCUGGAGACUGGCUAGGACACUCCAGGACCUUGAAAUGCUUCUUACGAAGCCACUCCUUCGUUGCCCGGGCGGUGUGUUUGGGAUCAUUGUCAUGCUGAAAGACCCAGCCACGUUUCAUCUUCAAUGCCCUUGCUGAUGGAAGGAGGUUUUCACUCACAAUCUCACGAUGCAUGGCCCCAUUCAUUCUUUCCUUUACACGGAUCAGUCGUCCUGGUCCCUUUGCAGAAAAACAGCCCCAAAGCAUGAUGUUUCCACCCCCAUGCUUCACAGUAGGUAUGGUGUUCUUUGGAUGCAACUCAGCAUUCUUUGUCCUCCAAACACGACGAGUUGAGUUUUUACCAAAAAGUUAUAUUUUGGUUUCAUCUGACCAUAUGACAUUCUCCCAAUCCUCUUCUGGAUCAUCCAAAUGCACUCUAGCAAACUUCAGACGGGCCUGGACAUGUACUGGCUUAAGCAGGGGGACACGUCUCGCACUGCAGGAUUUGAGUCCCUGGCGGCGUAGUGUGUUACUGAUGGUAGGCUUUGUUACUUUGGUCCCAGCUCUCUGCAGGUCAUUCACUAGGUCCCCCCGUGUGGUUCUGGGAUUUUUGCUCACUGUUCUUGUGAUCAUUUUGACCCCAUGGGGUGAGAUCUUGCGUGGAGCCCCAGAUCGAGGGAGAUUAUCAGUGGUCUUGUAUGUCUUCCAUUUCCUAAUAAUUGCUCCCACAGUUGAUUUCUUCAAACCAAGCUGCUCACCUAUUGCAGAUUCAGUCUUCCCAGCCUGGUGCAGGUCUACAAUUUUGUUUCUGGUGUCUUUUGACAGCUCUUUGGUCUUGGCCAUAGUGGAGUUUGGAGUGUGACUGUUUGAAGUUGUGGACAGGUGUCUUUUAUACUGAUAACAAGUUCAAACAGGUGCCAUUAAUACAGGUAACGAGUGGAGGACAGAGGAGCCUCUUAAAGAAGAAGUUACAGGUCUGUGAGAGCCAGAAAUCUUGCUUGUUUGUAGGUGACCAAAUACUUAUUUUCCACCAUAAUUUGCAAAUAAAUUCAUAAAAAAUCCUACAAUGUGAUUUUCUGGAUUUUUUUCUCUCAAUUUGUCUGUCACAGUUGACGUGUACCUAUGAUGAAAAUUACAGGCCUCUCUCAUCUUUUUAAGUGGGAGAACUUGCACAAUUGGUGGCUGACUAAAUACUUUUUUCCCCCACUGUAUAUCUAUGAGAGAGAGAGAGAGAAGAGAGAGAGAGAGAGAAGAGAGAGAGAGAGAGAGAGAGAGAGAAGAUAGAGAUAGAUCUCGCUACGAGUCGAUCUGGAGCAGACUCCUUCGAUAUAUCACCUCGGAGAGGACUCUCUCGCUCUUUUCUCUCUCUCUGUAUCGGCGCUAGCUAUACUCACUAUCGACGCUCCUCUGAUCAAGAGAUAAAAAUAUUUCCUGUGAUCUUUUAUUUCCACCCAUCUCACUCAACAUCAAAACAUGGGCCAACACUUUACGUGUUGCGUUUAUAUUUUUUUUCAGGGUACUUACAGCAGGGAGCCGGGUGUGAUUGUGUGUGUCAGGAAGAGAGUAUACAUUUUGAGAUUAACUCACACAUCUCGUGGAAUGUGUAUCUAUGAAGUUUAUACCGAUGCACGUUGUUACGAUUUUUCCUCCAACCAUGUACCUGAAUUUUUGUGUUUGUACCUGUGUGUAUAGAUUGCAGAGCUUGAAAAGGAGCUUGCAGAGCUGGAUAAGUGUGGUGAGGAGCUGGAAAAUGAGAUUGAGAUGAAGAGAGAAGCAUAUGUGAAGGAGAUCUUUGAGCUGGAGGUAAGAGGGACAGACCACACAAAGAGCAAAAACUGGCCCCAGUACAGUAACCCACCCAUCUCAGCUCCAAGUAGACACUCUCCCUUAUCAUAGAUCUAUGAAGAGUUUACCCUACCCUGAAACCUAACCACAGAUCUAGGAACAGUUUACCCUAUCCUCAAACCUAACCACAGAUCUAGGAAUAGUUUACCCUACCCUCAAUCCUAAUCACAGAUCUAGGAACAGUUUACCCUAUCCUCAAACCUAACCACAGAUCUAGGAAUAGUUUACCCUACCCUCAAUUCUAAGGGCAGAAAGUUAGAAAAUAUCAGACCAUAGACCAGUAGUUAGGGCCAACUUCUACCUCCAUCCAUCCCAUAUACCCAAUUGCUCUAUUCCAAUAACUUCUACCUCCAAACAUUCUAUAUACCCAAUGGCUCAAUUCCAAUAAUUUAUAGCUCCUCACAUCCCAUAUAUUCAAUGGCUCUAUUCCAAUAACCACACUAGCAUACCACUUAGAAUGCAUCCAAUACAUAGAUACAGUGGGGAAAAAAAGUAUUUAGUCAGCCACCAAUUGUGCAAGUUCUCCCACUUAAAAAGAUGAGAGAGGCCUGUAAUUUUCAUCAUAGGUACACGUCAACUAUGACAGACAAAAUGAGAAUUCUUUUUCCAGAAAAUCACAUUGUAGGAUUUUUUAUGAAUGUAUUUGCAAAUUAUGGUGGAAAAUAAGUAUCUGGUCAAUAACAAACGUUUCUCAAUACUUUGUUAUAUACCCUUUGUUGGCAAUGACACAGGUCAAACGUUUUCUGUAAGUCUUCACAAGGUUUUCACACACUGUUGCUGGUAUUUUGGCCCAUUCCUCCAUGCAGUUCUCCUCUACAGCAGUGAUGUUUUGGGGCUGUCGCUGGGCAACACGGACUUUCAACUCCCUCCAAAGAUUUUCUAUGGGGUUGAGAUCUGGAGACUGGCUAGGCCACUCCAGGACCUUGAAAUGCUUCUUACGAAGCCACUCCUUCGUUGCCCGGGCGGUGUGUUUGGGAUCAUUGUCAUGCUGAAAGACCCAGCCACGUUUCAUCUUCAAUGCCCUUGCUGAUGGAAGGAGGUUUUCACUCAAAAUCUCACGAUACAUGGCCCCAUUCAUUCUUUCCUUUACACUGAUCAGUCGUCCUGUUCCCUUUGCAGAAAAACAGCCCCAAAGCAUGAUGUUUCCACCCCCAUGCUUCACAGUAGGUAUGGUUUUCUUUGGAUGCAACUCAGCAUUCUUUGUCCUCCAAACACGACGAGUUGAGGUUUUACCAAAAAGUUAUAUUUUGGUUUCAUCUGACCAUAUGACAUUCUCCCAAUCCUCUUCUGGAUCAUCCAAAUGCACUCUAGCAAACUUCAGACGGGCCUGGCUUAAGCAGGGGGACACGUCUGGCACUGCAGGAUUUGAGUCCCUGGCGGCGUAGUGUGUUACUGAUGGUAGGCUUUGUUACUUUAGUCCCAGCUCUCUGCAGGUCAUUCACUAGGUCCCCCCGUGUGGUUCUGGGAUUUUUGCUCACCGUUCUUGUGAUUAUUUUGACCCCACGGGGUGAGAUCUUGUGUGGAGCCCCAGAUCAAGGGAGAUUAUCAGUGGUCUUGUAUGUCUUCCAUUUCCUAAUAAUUGCUCCCACAGUUGAUUUCUUCAAACCAAGCUGCUUACCUAUUGCAGAUUCAGUCUUCCCAGCCUGGUGCAGGUCUACAAUUUUGUUUCUGGUGUCCUUUGACAGCUCUUUGGUCUUGGCCAUAGUGGAGUUUGGAGUGUGACUGUUUGAGGUUGUGGACAGGUGUCUUUUAUACUGAUAACAAGUUCAAACAAGUGCCAUUAAUACAGGUAACGAGUGGAGGACAGAGGAGCCUCUUAAAGAAGAAGUUACAGGUCUGUGAGAGCCAGAAGUCUUGCUUGUUUGUAGGUGACCAAAUACUUAUUUUCCACCAUAAUUUGCAAAUAAAUUCAUAAAAAAUCCUACAAUGUGAUUUUCUGGAUUAUUUUUUCUCAAUUUGUCUGUCAUAGUUGACGUGUACCUAUGAUGAAAGUUACAGGCCUCUCUCAUCUUUUUAAGUGGGAGAACUUGCACAAUUGGUGGCUGACUAAAUACUUUUUUUCCCCACUGUACAUGGACUUAUACUAAGUGGUAGUAUGCUAGUGGGGCUAUUAGAACAUGGCCUAUUAUCUCUCUGUUUCUCCUCAGUGUCGUGUUGAGGAGAUGAAGGAGCAACAGCAUGACCUGCAGGUCCAGAUGAGGGAGCAGUGUGAUGACUACGAGGAGCUGCUGGGUCAGAAGAUGGCCCGGGACAUCGAGAUCGCUGCCUACAGGUGGGCCCUUUCACUGAUACAUUUCACCCAAAUGAACCUAUGCCUAACAAUAGAUAACCUACAGGGUAAUCAUCAAGGCUUAGGUAGUAGUGAAAAAGAUGGUGAGGCCCUGUGCACAGCAGUGUUAACUAAUGGGAUUGUUCAGGAAGGAAAAUGUAGCAUCCACAACAUGAAAAAAGCACACUUGCAUAGCCAAUGACGAACCUUAAAUAUGAAAUACAGAGGCCUCUGUAGUAUUACAAUGACAAUGGCAUCUUCAGGUGACGUGAUGUUGACGUGAUAUUUUCGAUUUUGUUCACAAUAUUUGUGUAGCCCUACAUUGUGAACGUGUGAGUAGUAUGUGUGACAUAAUGUCACCUGGGCAACCCCAUAUCCAUAUUAAGACAUUCCUGAGAACAAAGGCCUAACAUCCGAGGUUAACUGGGGUCACAGGAAACAGUCCCUAUGACAGCCCCAGAAAACAUGAUGCAGUUUCCUGUCCGGUGUCCUUGAAGACGUUUUUGUGUUUCUGUCAUGCCUCCCUCCUGUUGUGUGUGUCUGUCUGUCUGUCUGUGCUCAACCAUCUGCCGUCCUGGUAUGUAGAAUGACGCACUUUGCCCUUCCCGACCCCCUACCUUUGGACACCCCUUCGCUCGCCCCUCCGCUCGCCCCUCCGAACGCAUCCGAGCCUCAGGAGGCCCCCCGAUACAUCCUUGCGGCUCAGGAAGAGGCAGCCUCACACAAUGCCUCAUUAGAAUGGACAGGGGGGGACUUCACACUGUCAGGACCGUGGGCUGGGCCUUUGCCAAGCCAUUUUAUCCGCUAGCCUGUUAAUGUCAGCAGACCCGCAACCCAGUCGCAGCCUCGCCGCCGUAGCCUCCUUUAAACACUCUGGUCCCUGAACAGACUGUUCCAAAGACACACACCACCUAGACUCAAGACGCACACACAUUUACAUACACACACACGUACACACACACACUUAGGCAAGGUACAGGCAGGCAAGACAGUCUGGGUGCGACAUUGCUUAACUUUUUAUCUACUUUGUUUACGGGGCUGUUUUGUCAUCCGUGAUUAAAACCAUGAAUAAGAAAUUUAAAAAAAGCUUCUCUCCACACUUUGGAAAUGUGUCUGCAGAAGAGAGCCUAAUGACACUAGUCUCGCCUGUAAAAUGUACACUGAGCCAUUUGGACCAGAUACUCGCCGUUGUUGUAGCUCCCCAGUGACAGUCUUAAUGUUAACAAUUCACUUUCAGUAGUAUUACGUGUGUAACUCAGACUGUGGCUGAGUCCCAAAUGACAUCCUAUCCCCUAUGUAGUGCACUACUUUUGAGCAGGGCCCAUAGGGCUCUGGUCAAAAGUAGUGCACUAUAUAGGGAAUAGGGUGCCAUUUGGGACAUAACCAGUGUCUUAGUGGUAGACGACACAACAAUAACAACAACAAGCAGAAGUUUAAACAGACAUUGAGAUUACCCCUAGCUCUGAUAUGGUGGCUAUAAUGUAUGAAAUAGGAAAAAUAGGCACAUCUGUUCGAAUUCAUCUGAUCUAAUUCACAUUUUGUCUAAAUAAUCUGGUUGAAAUCAAGUGCUGGACUGAGAUUUUUUCUCAAUAAUGUAAAAAAGUAAUGUCCGUAACUCCGAUAGGUAUGCUUCCAUAGUGGCUUAUUUAGAAGUACAUAAAACAGACAGUUUCUAUGGAGGCCAUUUUGGGUCUAAGUCCUCCUAGCUGAAGUGGAAGAACUCUGUGUGUGUUUUCAGCAGACCAUCUUACAGUUGUUUUCCUCUCCCCUUUUCGCUCUUCUAUCCCCAGGGGUUUGGUGGAAGAGGAGGAUGAGAGGCUUUGCUACCUGUGAGAGGAACCGAUGCAGACCAGACCAACCAACCUGCUUUCGCUGAUGGACAUCCCCCCCAUACAGAUUUCACGCGUUGCCAAAACAUAACAGACCUAAAUCAGCCAUUAGAGAUCACAUGAAGCUAACCGCCACACAACCAUUGGAGCAGAUGUAAAAGUAUCAUGACAGAUUAACGACGUCUGGAGGGCAAGCCAGGGCCAUUGAUAACAGGUCACUGGUAGGUGACCCCUGUCCUAUAAGAAAGAUGGAAUUGUCUAACAUUGGGGUGGAGGGGGAUGGGACUGGAUAGAGAAUGUGUAUUCAGUGUCUGUGAAAAGACUCUGAAAUGUCCCUAAGUGGUCUCUAUCUGUUGUGGCUACACUCUCUGGAGCUAACUCACUGAUAUGACACACACACACACACACACA